UGUUCGAACAAUAUAAUCAUGUUAAAUAUGCACUCGCUUUACAAAAGGCCCUCAGUUUUUAGAUAGAGUAAUAACAUCGAACAACACCAUGAAGCUCGUACUUAUGACGAUGACUCUCGUUGGCAUCUCGUCAGCGUAUCCGCUGCACGCCUCCUGCAAGUUGGACUGGGUGAUUGGUAAGUCGUGCGCUGACGCCAUAACGGCCCUCGUGACGCAGGCGAACACCUGGCAUGACGCCACGAACUGCCCCAACGGUGCCGGCGAGAAAUGCCUAUAUACAGUGACGUCACAGAGCAAUGAUACCAUCAAGCUGACGCAUGAGACCCCCGUGCACCACUACAUUGAUGACGUCGUCUUCACGUUCGCCCCCGGAGACUCCACUGACUCGUGCAAAGUUCACGGCAGCUCGAGGUCCGAGACGUGGUAUGCUGUCCUGGACUACAGCACGAACUACUGCAACAUGAGGAACCUCCUGGAAGGUGCAAACCUGCACACAACAACAGGUUUCCGAGAAACAACUAACGACAAUAUCUGCACCCAGUAUUCUACCAGGAAUUGCGAGAAAUAUUAAUUACUCAGCGCAAAUAUUCAACAUAUAAAAAAUUCUUGCAUUGUAUUAUUUAUACUCACAAUGUGUGAUAUAAAUUAAUAAAAAGUUGCUGUUACAA